AUUAUGAAUCCUUCGUUGGAAUCUAAGCAAUUUUCCCAUGAUUUCUUGAUUUCAGGAGUAUCCUAUACUGUUGAAAGCGACAUUGACGAGAUUACGUAAAAUUUAAGAGAAAUUUGGACCUUUUUUUACACCCCAAAAAUAGAUGUUUGAAAACCCUCGUUGUCUUGGUCUCUCCCACCCUCAUUCUUCUUCUCUAUUUUCUUUUAUUUUUUCUUUAACCUUUAUAAUGUCCUCAUCAUUACCUGAGUAUCUUUCACCGUUCAUCUUCAUCUUCUUCUAAGAUUUCUAAUUUUUAGUCUUGUAUGAUAAUUUCACCAUUGCAAACAUAUGGGUCUCUUUAAGGUGUUUUUUCCUCCUUUUUUGGGAUUAAUUUUUCGUUUUUUUAAAAAAAAAAACAAAUUAGGGUUUGCUUGGAAGAAGAAGGUGUGGAAAAGAAAGUUGUGGGGACUUUUAUGUUCUAGAUUUUGUUUGUUUGGUGAGAAAAUUUUGAUGAAAAGAAAAAGUUACUUUGAUUUAUUUUUGGGGGUGAAUAGCAUUAGGGCUUCCAAAAGGAUUGGAUUUCGCUGGGGCUGUGUUUUGACGACAGCUUGAAUUGUACAGGAUGACCGUCCACAUCCCUCUUAGGCUUUGACUUUUGGGCCUAUUGAACCUAGAGGGAUGUGGGGGCCGGGCGAUCGUUAUUAGGUUUGACUUUUGAGAAGAGAAAUGCUAGUGGUAUGUUGGCACUUGGCAGCAAGUGCGUUCUCCGCUUGAACCGGCCGCCAGAGUUGAAGGAGAUUAGUGCCUUUCGAAAUACUCUUUUUAGGAAAAUGAACAGAUAACUUGAGGGGCAAGUGUAGGCUGGAAAACUGGGGAGGGGGUUGGAGGAUGCAGUAGUGACACUUGCAGUAAACCUUGGGAGCUCAUUUGAUAAUGGGAAAUGGAUUGAGAGCACAAUUCUGAUGUGGUGUAUGGUGGAGGAUUUCGUGUUGAACAGGGGAAAGAGAUAGAUAAUGGAAUCCUAGAUAUGCCAAGGCUCUAAAGAAUUGUACAGUCGAGUCAAUUUUAGGACAUUUUGUGGGGUAUGGAUUUUAAGGGGUGACUUGGGUGAAGUUAUUCUCCCGUCCUUUGAUUUUGGGUUGGUGUUUUGAGGGGGGUGCGGGGUGGUGUUAUUGAUUGUGCUCUUCCUUGGAAGGAGUUGUGGCGUGCUGUUACUCCCUCACUGGUUAUUUUUCUUUGCUUUGACUGCAGCUUGGGUAGGAUUCUCACAUCGUACCAUUUACUCUCGCAGUCAAUACACUCUCACAGGCAAUAUCCUGAUUUGUAUUGCUUGUGCAAAAAAAGGAGCUGGGAAAUAACCUUUUUAGUGCGCCUAUAGUUUGAAAAGGCACGCUUAGGCCAACGAGCUACCACUCCCUAGUUAUAGAAUCUCGUUUGCCUUGUUGAAGAGGCACUCCUCGUUCCAUUACUUUUCCUUUUUAAACAUUUCUAUUUUUGAAUUUUCCAAUUGUAUAUUAAAAUAUAUAUAAUUCGAUAACUUUUUUUGUUGAAUGCUUCUUUUAAAUGUUUAGAAUCUUAAAUUUUUUAUUGAUUAGAUUAUGUUUUGGAUCAUAUUUUAUAAAAUUGAUAUGCAUCAUAGGUUAAGUUUCACUUCAUUUAGGGGUGUGCCUUGUGUUGCCUUGUGCCUUUUGAAACUAUGAGUACACCAUGAUGUUUCUGAGUAGUGUCGUCCCUUUUUUUUGUCUCUUCUUCCCUUGUUUGCAUUUUUAUAGGAAACCAGAGAAAUUGUAUUAAGGGAAAAGCAUUUGGUUCUAGGAAGGAUGAGGGCUUCUUCAAGCUAAUUUAUAAGGAGGCAAAGAGAUCUAAAUCUACACUAAGGGACCAAAAUAUGUCUCAGGAAACCCAAUUGAAGCCCCCUGAAAACCCAUGAAGUCUUCAGAGAAACCUUGAGACUCCCACGAGAGAAUAAUAGCUGUAAAGUCUGGUUUCUUAUUGAUUCCAUUUUGGCGUUAGAUCACCAAUGACCUUGUGGGGUGGCAUGAUGCUUUCUUGGGCAAAGGAGAAAGCCAGCCUAGAAUUCAGUUCCUUUUGGUACUCUUUGGUGCAUAUGAAGAGAAAGGAAUAGGUUCUUGAUGAUAAAAAACAUUUCCUCUUCAAGGUAGAACCCAUGUUCUGUACUUUAGUUUUAUGGGGGCAUCUUCUAUGAAGAGGGUAAUGCAUCCUAUGUAGACUUUGUAUGUGCUUGAGUCAUAGGUAAUUUUGCUCUGCAUUUUUUUCCUUUACUAUCUUGUUUUCGGAUUUUCCUGCAUCUGCCAUUUGUACUGUGACUGAGCUGUGUGGCUCCUCUUAAAGGAGUGAUCCUAUCUAUCUUUAAAAUAAAGCAUACAAGAAAGAAGGCCUAUCAGGUGUGCUGAACUUCUGUAUCAUGUUCCAACUUGUAAGUCAGAAUGUACUUUCCUCACCAUGUCAUGCUGUAAGAGCAAUCCUUGUCCAUGUAAUUUUGCACCCAAAUACUCUCAGAUGUUGUUUAGUUGUAAGUUGUACUAUUUUGCUUAUUUUAGAGCGAUUCAAAUUUCCUGCUACAUUGAGAAGAACUAGUGCAACUUGUUUUGAUAUAUUCGAUAAUUUGAAAAAACAUGUACAAGUGGUUAACUUCAUAAGUAUAAGUUUGCUUUUGCACUCUAGAACACAUGUAGAUGGAAUAAAAGCUUGAGGGGCACUAUUGAAUAUCAUGAGGGAAAAUUAAAUUGUAGUUUGGUUUUGAAUGAAAAAGAAAAUUAGCUGCAUUUGCAGUAGAUUAAAAAAAAGGUUCAAUUUUGAUAUUGUUGGGAACUUUGUUACUAUAUAUUAAUGCCUGGAAGAAGAGAGUUAGCCUAAUGAUCUAGGCAUACCUGUUUUGUAGCCAUGGGAGCAACAGGAGCACGAAGAAAAUGCACCCAAACUCGCACAAUUCAUGCUGGAAUUUUUGCAAUUGUUUAUUUUGUUAACAAGAAGAACAGGAGGACAGAUUCAACAAAGCUGUUGAUGUAUUGGAAUGUCUGUUAGAGACGGACUUUAUGCAGAAAUAAAAAUAGAAGUUCAUGGAAGCUUGAGGGCUUCUUAAAAUUACUCCAUCCUCAUCCUUUAAUAGUCUCUUAGCUGUUUAUCAAUCCAAUCCUUCAGUCAUAGGAGCUGCUAAGUUAUUGAUUUGGUUAUUUGCAUAAUAUACAAUCAAAAACUGUUGGAUUUGUGUUAUAUUAGUAUAUAUCUUUUCCUUUUUCGAACUAAAUUUCCAUCAUUGCAGGACCCAAUAGAAAAAGGAGAUGGUAAAGGAGACCAAAAAUAUGGAGGUCUUCAAUGAACCUGAUAAUUUUCUGAUAACUAUGAGGGAAGUGCAAGAUACUCUACUAGAAGGAGAUUCAAAUCUGCAAUCUCUGGUUGAUGGGAACUUAAAAGAAUGACAUAGAAACAACUGAAGGCCCUGCCAGUGUGAAUCCUGUUGCUGAAAGAAAUGGAAUUGAGAAAUAGAAUGAAGAAGAGGCCUGAUGCACUCGAAAAUAAGCUGCUAGAGAAAGGUGGCCUCUCCAAAUCUGAUCGAAAUACCAUAUCAACUGAUGAACGCUCCAGUCCAGAAAAUGGUGAUGAGAUAUGUAAUGUCUGGAGUACACCAGAAGUGCUUGGAUUUUCUGGUGAACAACAACUGGAUGUAUUGAAAAGUUAUUGUACCAAGGAAAAAAUAAUGCCAACCUCAUCAGAUUUAAAACAAAAACAGGAUAACUCACUGGAGGUUCAUGAAGACCAUUGUGACGCCUUAUCAACAGUUGAUGAUGCCUCCACUGGUCAAUUUGCUGCAAAGGUUUCAGACAAUAGACCUGCAUCUGUAAAGGGAGUGUGGCAAAGGGAUUUGAAACCCACUAGCAAUGACGACAAAAUUUCAGAUACUAAAUCUGAUGAUCCUUCCUCCAAGCAGAUAGCAGAGAAAAACAAGAAGUUCAAAGAUGAGUUGGAGGCUCCACCAGAAAGAGCACCUCUAGGUGAUUUGAGGAAAAAGCUCCUCAUUCUUGAUAUAAAUGGGCUUCUUGCAGAUAUACAAUCUCAUACUCCAAAGGGGUAUAAGGUGGACAAAAGAAUUGCAAAAAGGGCAGUUUUUAAGAGACCCUUCUGUUCUGAAUUCCUGAAAUUCUGCUUUGAGAGAUUUGAUGUGGGCAUCUGGUCAUCAAGAACUAAGAAGAAUGUAGAACAAGUAGUAGACUAUUUGCUUGGUGAUAUGAAACACAAACUGCUAUUUUGUUGGGAUCUAUCCCACUGCACUGACACAGGAUUCAAAACUUUGGAGAACAGGCACAAAACCUUGGUAUUUAAGGAGCUGAGGAAUAUAUGGGAUAAAUGUGACCCCAAUCUUCCAUGGCCGAAGGGAGAUUAUAAUGAAUCUAAUACAUUGUUGGUGGAUGAUUCUCCAUACAAAGCUUUGCUUAAUCCACCACACACAGCAAUUUUCCCUAAUUCAUACACAUACCAGGAUAAAAGCGAUAAUUCUUUAGGUUUAGGAGGUGAGCUUCAGGUAUAUCUGGAAGGGUUAGCUAUGGCUGGAGAUGUAAAGAUGUAUGUAGAGCGACACCCAUUUGGUCAAAGUGCUCUCACUGAACAAAGUCCAUCAUGGGGCUAUUACCAUAGCAUUUUGAGGGCUGUGUCUUCUUCAACAAUGACAGGAUAAUUCUUAUCUCUCUUUUUAGCUUGGUUAUUGGAUUCCCCAAGGCCUAGUCUUUGGGUGAGCUUAACCGGAUUUUUUGAUAGGGUAGGAAAAACGGAGUUGGGGUUAUGACAUUCUUGAUGGCUGUUUCAUUUUAGUGAAAAAAGUCAAUCUGGUGUGGGAUGCUGUAAUUUGCAACAGGAUGGUUGCUUGGAACGGUUAGGAUGUAUGUUUAAGAGAAACUCUCUUUCUGGGGAACCCAUAUUGAGAUGACUAACAUGGAUUCUGAUUGAUACUUCAACCAAGCAGCUACUUUGGAAAGUGCUUUACUUAUAGAGCUUUAGUACUGAGAUGAAGCCUUGCUGAUGGAUUUUCAUAUCCUGUUUACACAACAAUCAGGAAGGGCCACCCAGGCAGUCAAUCUAGCUAUAUCCCAUUCUCUGCUUCUUGUUCUCCCAUGUACUGCCAUGUUAUUUACUAUUGAACAGAAGUUUCUGUCUCUAUCUGUCCUUAUCGUAGAACAUGAAUCCCAUGCUUUCUUGGCAUGAUCCUGAUUGUCAUAUCUUAAUGAAAAACGCUGUCAUUCAUUCAUGACAGUUCAAUAAAGUGGUUGUGGAAUUGCAGAGAAA